AUGCCAAGUCCAGCCACUACGGUCGCUGCAGAUGAUGCAGAAGCUGCUGAGAUGGCUAGAUUAAAGUAUCAGGCUCAAAGAAUGCAGACACCAGAAGAAAGGAUUCGUAGGAUGCCAGCAACACCAGCUUUGCCCCGACGGGUCCAAUCUCAGGAGAUCUUGCGUGCACAGUCUGUGGCAUCAACUGCUUUGGACACACCAGCACCAGUUCAAGAGGCAACAGCUGCAAAGACAUGCAAACAAACUAAGAAGAUUGGCAAGACAAAGCCAGGGAAGAAAGGAAAGAAACCAGUCAAAAAAACGCGCAAGACCAAGACAGUAAAGAAACUCAGCAAAAGCAAGAAAGGCAAAGCAGCUACAGCAAAGAAGCCAACAGCAAAGAAGCCAACAGCACCACCAGCACCCGACACAAAUGCAAAUGUUGAGACCGUUCCAACAUUGACACCUCACAUGGCCGAACCUGUGUCUCCAGGUGCUGCAGCCCUUCCUUCCCCUGCUCAGUCUCCAGCAACAGAUGCACGCCUUGCACAUGCCAUGACCCAGUUGUAUGUGACUAGCCCAGAUGCCCCGCCUGAGUCCUCUACUCCUCAUGAUGCCCUUGCACCCACAGAACUUGUCGAAGUGAAAGCUGAACAUGAUAAACCUGAUGAGACGCAAGAUGUGCCCAGAGCUGAACAAGAUGCGUACAGCCCUCCACAAGAUGCGUCCACCCCUCAACCUGAAUCUGUGGCCAGUCUUUUGAACCGUGCCCAAACAACAGACCUCACUGCACUUCAGGCAUUGGUGACUGAAAGUGUCAGGGUGCGUACCCGCAACAAGGAGAUGCACAAUCGGCGCAUGAGAUUUUACCGAACUCUUGAGAGAGGAAAGAAAACUGACAAACUAGCUGUCUUAUUUGAAGAAUGGAUGAAGUGCAAUGAAGAUUGGAGGAGCUCCAACUUUGUGGUGAGGAUGAGAGAGACUACUGAGGAAUCACAAAGAGGAGGUCGUCGUUGGAUGACUCAGGCAGACAUCCUAGCAAAGUACCAAAACGGCAGAUCCUAUGAAGAUGCCAGGGAUAUUGCUCAGGAGAUUGUGAACGGAAAGGAGUCUUGCCCACACAUGAAGGUGCACCAUAUUCGACCUCAUCCCAAUUGCCCGACUCGCCAAGAUAUGCGGCUAUUCUUGGUUUGGGACGAGGAAUAUGAGACCCACAAAAAAGACACUGUGGUAGAAUCACUUUUCGACUGCAGUGAUGGAGGUGAUAAGAAAAAAGACAAGAAAACUGCAAAGAACAAAAGGAAACGUCAGUCGUCGUCAUCUUCUUCUUCGAGUGAUUCAUCGAGCAGUAAGUCCAGCAGUUCAUCACACCGUGGUCCUGGUCGUGGUCCUGGUCGAGGUCGCAAGAAGAAUGGCAAGAAGGCUUCCAAGACUGUUGCCAAGAACAAGAAUGGCAGCAAGGCUGGCAAGGCCAAGACAGUGAAGGCCUCUUCUGAUGGUUCUGAUGAUGAGGUUGAUGUGACCCCAGCAGGAACACCAUCAGAACCAGGCAAAAUGACAAAAGCUGAAGAGAGGAAACUGAAGAAGGAUGCAGAGAAGAAACGAAAGCAGGAAGAGCGAGAGGCAGAGAGAGAGAUCAAGCGGAUCAAGGCUGAAGAGAAGAAACAAGAGACAAAGGAAAAGAACAAGAAGCGCAGUGGACUGAAGAAGGCAAGGAAUUUCGAUGUGUAA